AUGAACACGACCCGUGUUAGGUCAAGGCCAAAACCAACACGACCCGUGUUGCUCCCUGGAAGAAUUUGGGACUUUUUUUCAUUAACACGAGCCGUGUCAUUUGCAGGCCAAAAUGGGACACGACCCAUUUGUAGCGGCGACGACGGCUUGGCAGAAGGGAAGAAGAAGCACGUCCGAGGGUGGCAGCAUACCACCAUGGCGUCGUCUACAGCACUCUUGGCCUCGUCAACAACACUAGCGACGACGAUAGCGGUGGUUUACGACCACCACAGCAGCAACACCCACCCGAUGGUGGAACAUCGAGCCCUUCACGAUGGUAGAAGGCAGGAGGAGAAGAAUAAGAAGAUACAGAGGGACGGUGGCGGUGGCACUGACAUGCUUAAUAUCCGUCGAUGA